ACUCUGAGAUGAGACUACUCAGACUUGUUCUGUUCGCUCUCCUGACAAGGGCACAGUAUCCUUCAUUCAAUUUACUGGAAACGCAAGGACACACUGACACAUCUAAGAAUGGAAGGACUACAGAAGGAAGAAUCUUCACUGACAGUUCAUACCCAACUGCUUUAUGUCAGUGUGUAAUGAAACCUCCAAAGAUGGAAUACAAAGGAGAGUUGAAGUUUGUCAUAGAGGACAUCCACAGAAACCCUGAGCUGCUCCCAGGAAUCACACUGGGAUACAGGAUCUAUAACGGCUGUGGAACCAUAAACCUGCUAAGAGCAACACUGGCAGCUCUCACAGGGCAGCAGGAAAAUCAGCUAGAAAAGAGCUGCACCUUUCCUAGAGUGCAAGCCCUCAUUGGACACUCCUCAUCUGGGCCCAGUGGAGAAAUCAGCAAGAUCAUCAACCCUUUUAACACACCACUGAUAUGCCACCUUGCAACCAUUCUCAGAACAGUGCCUAGUGACUACUUUCAAAUCGUUGCACUGGUACAUCUCAUGAAACACUUUGGAUGGACGUGGGUGGGAAUGGUUUGCAGUGUGGGGACAUAUUCUGAAGAUGGAUCAGCUGCAUUUAUCAGACAAGCAAAAAAGGAGGGCAUCUGCAUGGAAUACCUUCAACGAUUCAGCAGAACUUGCUCAAAAAAUAAAACAUGUGCAAUUGCACAGACAAUAAAAAGCUCCACUUCCAAAGGUGCUUUAGCCUUCAUGUCUAAGUCAUACUUUCACCAUUUCUUAGAGAGCACGGAGGGGAUGAAUCUCACAAAUAUCCAGUGGAUCAGCAGUGAGGUCUGGAUAACAAGUGGAGAUCUAUUAACUGAGGGGAGAGCAGAGCUCCUGCAGGGAGCCAUGGGAUUUGCCAUCACUGAGUCUCACAUCCCCGGCCUGACAGAGUUCUUACUGAGUCUGCGGCCCUCUGACGCCCCUGACAGCAUAUUCCUCAGAACCUUCUGGGACACGGUGUUUGACUGCAGCCUUUCUGUCUGUCUGAGAAUUGGUCCCACUUUGCAGUGUACUUGUGUUCCACUGCCUCCAUGCCAGGCCCUGAAAAAUGUCUUUAGGGCAGUGCUUGCCAUGGCACAUGUGGUGCACACCCUGGUUUUUAUCCACAGUGGACAGAGUGUUCAUACUUUACAUAUCUGUCAAAACAAGAAUGGCUUUCAGCCACAGGUGCCAAUGUCAGUUUGCAAAGAGCAGACCAUAAGCAACCGAAAACCUGGGAGCUGCUUUGACUGUAUAACAUGUCCUCUUGGAGAAAUAAGUAAGAAAAGAGAUACAAGUGGAUAUAGCUCAUGCGUAUUGGAAAACAGGUUUACUGAAGAUGGCAAUCACAGCAUCUUUUCUCAGAGGAUUUUGGGAUACCUGCCUGCUGUGUUUUUCAUUCUUGGAGUUUGCUUUACAACAACAGUAGCAAUCAUUAUCUUUUGGUACAGGCACAAUGCUAUCACAAGGGCAAACAACUCAGAGCUGAGUUUCCUGCUGCUCUUUUCAUUGAAACUGUGUUUCCUUUGCUCUCUUACCUUCAUUGGCCGGCCCUCUGAGUGGUCCUGUAUCCUGCGCCACACUGCGUUUGGGAUCACCUUUGUCCUCUGCAUCUCCUGUGUUCUGGGAAAAACAAUAGUGGUGUUAAUGGCCUUCAGGGCUACACUUCCAGGCAGUAAUGUGAUGAAGUGGUUUGGGCCUCUGCAGCAGAGACUGAGUGUUCUUGCUUUCACUCUCAUACAGGUCCUUAUUUGUGUGCUUUGGUUAACAAUAUCCCCUCCAUUCUCCACCAAGAACAUGAAGAACUUCAAAGAAAAGAUCAUUCUAGAAUGUGAUUUAGGAUCAGCAGUGGGGUUCUGGGCUGUGCUGGGUUAUAUUGGACUUCUCUCUAUUUUGUGCUUUGUUUUGGUUUUCCUGGUACGUAAACUGCCUUUUGGAGAAUCCACAUUUCUUUUAUUGUGUAUGCUUAUAUGUCAUGCAGUAUGGGUUGCACUCAUUCAAAUGUAUGUCAGAACACCAACAAAGUAUACAUUAAUCAUAAAAAUCGUCACAACUUCUACAACAUCUAACCAUUAAAUCAAACCGGAAAAUAAUAUUGUAUGUAAAAUUUAAGUUUUCCUCUUAAGCAUCUGGUUAUCUCAAGAGAGCAAAAGGGGUAGCGUCAGCUUACCAUACUACGUUAUUUUGUUUCAUGAAUAAAAGAGGAGGGGGAAAUGUUUUUUAAAUUAUUCAUGUCAAAAUUUAUUUACUUUUUACUUCACUAGAACAGAAUGUAUGUUAUGUUUCUGUAUUCAGUAAAUGUUUCAGUUUUAAUUGAAAAAGAUUAAAAAUUAGUGGUAUGAAA